AUGUCUUCUCGGCUGGAAAUAAUAAAAGAUCACUUUGUCACUCAGCGUUCUAGACAUAUCGUCGGUACAGACUGUUCAAGUGAAAAUCUGCCUCAAGCACUGAACCAGCUUGAUAUUCCCGAUGUGGAAGUGUUGGCUCCACCACAGGGUCUGGAAAAUGAAUUUAACACAAUCUUCACAGUGGAGGCUGUUUCUUUCAUUGCGGAAUUAGUUCAACAAUUUGACAAAAAUGUAGACCAGAUGCUGCAAGCUCGCAUUGUACGGAAAGCUAAUUUAGAUUCAAGUGGAGCUUUACCAGACUUUUUAUCAGAAUCUAGACACAUUCGUGAAAGCUCAUGGAAAGUCAAACCAGUACCACGUAGAUUAAUUAACAGACAUAUUGAUUUAGGAGAUGUGUCUCCCAGUAAUGAGGUACACUUGAAGAAUGCCUUGAAGUCAAAAGCACAGGCAAUACAGGUUGAUUUUGAUGAUGGUCAUUGUCCAAGCUGGAAGAACCAAUUGUUAGGAUAUUACAAUAUCUAUAACGUGGUUUAUAAUAAGUAUCCUGAUAUUGCAGCAUUGUCCGAUAUUCCAGUUUUGAUGUUAAGACCAAGAGCUUGGAACAUGGUAGAUCAUGCAGUUAUGGUUAAUGGUAAAGAAGUAGCUGGUCCUCUAUUGGAUUUUGGAUUAUUAAUAUACCAUUUUGGACACAUACUAUUGGCCAAUGAAAGUGGACCAUUCUUUUAUUUAUCCAAGUUAGAAGGUCAUAAAGAAGCCAGGUUAUGGAACAAAGUAUUUGAUUGGUCUCAACAAAAGUUAGAACUUCCCCAUGGCUGCAUCAAAGCAUGUGUGUUGAUUGAAAAUAUCUUGUCUUCUUUUGAAAUGCAUGAGAUAUUAUAUGAACUGCGUGACCAUUCUGCUGGUUUAAACUGUGGCAUAUGGGACUACUCUGCUUCAUUUGUUAAUAAAUUUGGUCAUCGUAGUGCCUUUCUCUUGCCAGAUAGAAAUAAAUAUGUCAACAUGGAAAAACACUUCCUUAAAAGCUAUAUGGAUCUUGUGGUUCAGACGUGUCAUCGCCGUGGUUGCCAUGCAACAGGUGGCAUGUCUGCAUUGUUAUUACCCAAUGAAAAUUCAAAAACUUAUCGGGAAGUACUUCAGAAAACCACAAGUGGCAAAUUACGAGAAAUUGAGGCAGGUGUUGAUGGAUUUCUGGUGUAUGAUAUUAGACUCAUUGAUCAUAUGCAUAAGUUGUUUGAUAGACAUGCACCAACCGUGAAUCAAUUAUUUGUCAAUCGAUCUGAUGUUAAAAUCACUGCACAGGAUUUAUUGGUUAUGCCAAGGGGAGGAGUGACAUUUGCUGGACUAUUACAUAACAUAGCGGUCGGUGUCCUUUUCAUCUAUUCAUGGCUUCGAAGUGAGUCACAUCGUUGA